CACACUGCUGUUGCCAUAGUGUGCACUUCCUGUGGGUGUGGUAUUACAGUAUAAAAAGGAAUCUCUGUUAUGUCUCUGUGACAUAUAUGAUGAGAGACGAGCGGAGUUUUCAAAAGGAGCUUGAAGGUGCUAUAUAACCAGGCGCUAUGGCGGGAGUUAUCGGCUCUGUUGGUCUUUUUGAUGAGCUUGUGGAACAGUGGAGCUCGUUCACAGAGCGGUUCGGCUAUUUCGUGGAAGCUAACGAAAUAGCGGAAGAGAAAGUGGUGCCCACGUUUUUGAGCGUUAUUGGGCCAAAGACUUUCAAUUUACUGAGAAACUUGCUUCAACCCGAUAAAGCUGGUAGUAAAACGUACAGGGAAAUCGUGGAAACUCUUAAUGGACAUUUUUCACCCAAGCCCUUGUGAUAGCAGAGAGAUUCCGAUUUCACAGGAGAAAUCAGGAAGAGGGGGAAUCUGUCACUAUGUUCGUAGCGGCGCUGCGGAAGCUGGCUGAACAUUGUGAGUUUGGUGAUGUUUUAGAAGACACAUUAAGAGACAGAUUGGUAUGUGGACUGAGAAACGAAGCAACACAAAAGAAGUUACUCUCAGAAAGUGGACUGACAUUAAAGAAAGCCUUUGAUGUAAGCGUGGCUAUGGAAAUGGCUUCAAAGGAGGCUCAACAACUGAACAUUACGAGCAGAAUACACCAAGUGGCAAGUACCCAAAGCAAUGUUGCUGGUCCCUGUUUUAGGUGUGGUAAAACAGGGCACCUUUCCUCCACCUGCUGGUGCAAAGAAAUGAACUGUCAUCAUUGUGGGAAGAAGGGUCAUGUUGAGCGUGCCUGUCGGAAAAAAACAAGCACAGACAAAGAUAAGGAAAUGAAUGACAAGAAGAAAACAAAGAAAUAUGUCAAAGCGGUAGAGAGUGCCUCUACUUCCGAAGAUGAAAGUGACGUGCACACCGUGCAUGUAAUGAGCGUGGACGGGAAGUCAGGGUGUUACUGGGUCACACCAAAGUUAGAGGGUCACCCAGUCAAAAUGCAAAUGGAUACUGGAUCACAGGCAUCGCUUGUGUCUUACCAAGUCUAUAAACAGUGUUUGAGACACCUUCCAUUAAGACCGUCAGACACUGUGUUCAAAGCGUACACUGGACACAAAGUGCACAUGAAAGGAAUGACUGACAUUACUGUGCAAUGCAAGGAUCAAACUGCUAAACUUCCAGUGUAUGUCACAAAAGGGAAUUUUGCUUCCAUAAUGGGACGACUGUGGAUUAAUGCACUUCGUGUAAAUUGGCUAGAAGUUCGGCAGCUGUCAGACGGUUCUUCACAACUACAAGUCAUACUGGACAAGAAUGAAGAGGUUUUCUGUGAGGAAUUGGGCAGCAUGAAGGACAUUACAGUGAAAUUGCACAAACCAGGAAGCAAACCUGUGUUUAUGAAGGCUAGGACAGUGCCGUAUGCUAUUCGUGACAAAGUCGAGGCUGACCUGGAUGCGUUGGUCAAAAGUGGGGUUUUGGAACCAGUCACCACCAGCGAAUGGGUGGCACCAAUGGCGUACCUCAAGCAACACGUCACUUCCGCUCAUUAAUAUUCAUGGCAUUAGCUACAGUUGCCAAGCAAGGACAAGCCAUCGUUUGUCCCUAAUAGGAAAUGAAUGGAAAUCGUGUACGAACGAGAUGUUUACAGCGCUAAACCUACCAAUUCUCUCCGAAAAUGAUGUGCCUGGUGCCAAAUUGACUGGCAUAGAUGUGGAAGAACAUAAAAAUGUUCAGUUAAAGAGAUGGCUUUAGUGUCAAAGGCUGAAAAAGACGAAAAAAACGAGCCGACCUAAGCAUAGCUUUAGCUUUUUUUUUACCGUCGCGACUGACAAUGACAUUCUCCGGUUUCAACAAGCUAUCCUUUACCAUCAGCCCUGUCUUUCUUAUAUAUCCUCUGGUUGUCCUACGUCUCUUGCCGUUCUUGGGGGUAAUUUAGUUAGCUUUGUGUAGCGAUCGCAAAUGCUACUCAGUGACAGCCAACGAACACUUUUAAUUUUUUCAUUGAUAACACAUCUUAAUCCUAUAAUUUAGUUACAC